UGGGAGCUCCCUACAGUCUGUGGGGGAACUGGGUCCAAGACCCCCGUUCCUCAACUAUGAAGGACAACUGACCCAGGACCUCUGUGCCCUCUUGGCUGCCCAUCCCCCAGCUCUGCCCACAGGGCCUGCAAGGGCUGCCAGUGCCCCAUCCUGUGUCGCUGGCUCCCAGGUUCUCUGGCAGGAGCAGCCCUCCACCUCUGUCUUGCCCUCUGCCCUGGGAGUGGGUUCUGAAGAGACAGGGUAUCCCUCAUCCCAUCAGCAAGAAAACACCAGGCCUUAGGAGCGGGGUGCCCCUUUCGACUUUGCCCUGCCACCCAAGCCCAGCCACCCCACCCUUCAGAGCUGCCGCACCUGGAGGCCCAUCCUUGAUUCUCAAAGGUCACUCUGAGUUAACCCUUUCCCUACGGCAGUGGGUCAGGCUCGGGGAGCUGCUUCAAAACUGUGAAAUAAAUCAUUUGGGUUCACACACGACUGCCGUGUGAGUGCCCUGACUCCACACCUCCCCCACCCAGCUCCCCUCCACAGUCUGGAGGAGGGGACCCCACCUCUCCCUUCAGGGCUGCUGGUCCAGGCAAGCCCACGGGGGUGGGGGGGCUUUGCACCUCAGCUGGGAGCCUCGCUUGCAGUCCAGGAGACUUGGGUCUGGUCUUCAGCAGGGAGGAGGGAAGGGGAGUAACCACGGGUGUGAGGAGCUCCUGGGGAAGUGAUGCUUCCACCCCCAGGCUCUGGCAGGGAGGGUCCCCAGGGCCAGGAGGUGUCCUGGGAGAGCAGCCAUCCGCACGUGCCCACUGGCCAAUGGUGCAGGGGGGUAAAUAAUUGAAGGGCAGGUCACAUGAGCCCACCGGCAGCGUCACAGGACGCCUUCCCCACCGGCUCUGGUUACGCCCCAGAUCGCGUUCUGACAUCCCCAGCUGGUGAAUAAUUAAGCGGCCACCUCCUCUGGAGCAGCCCCGAGCUCCAGGCCUGCUCACUCAGCAGCCUCCACACACAGCCCACUCCACAGCCAACGCAGCAGGAACGGACCCACGCUCCCAGCUCGACCGUCUCGCCGUCCUGCUCAGCACCAGCGCAGCUGCCCAAUGGCUCCCGAGAUGGACCAGUUCUACAGGUCCACCAUGGCCAUCUACAAGAGCAUCAUGGAGCAGUUCAACCCCGCCCUGGAGAACCUCGUGUACCUGGGGAACAACUACCUGCGGGCCUUCCACGCUCUGUCGGAGGCAGCUGAGGUCUACUUCAACGCCAUCCAGAAGAUUGGAGAGCAAGCCCUGCAGAGCUCCACCUCGCAGAUCCUUGGGGAAAUCUUAGUGCAGAUGUCUGACACCCAGCGGCACCUGAACUCUGACCUGGAGGUGGUGGUGCAGACCUUCCACGGGGACCUGCUGCAGCAUAUGGAAAAAAACACCAAGCUGGACAUGCAGUUCAUCAAAGACAGUCGCCAGCACUAUGAGAUCGAGUACCGCCACCGAGCCGCCAACCUGGAGAAGUACAUGUCCGAGCUGUGGCGCAUGGAGCGCAAGAGGGACAAGAAUGCGCGUGAGAUGAAGGAGAGCGUGAACCGGCUGCACGCCCAGAUGCAGGCCUUUGUGUCCGAGAGCCAGCGGGCGGCUGAGCUGGAGGAGAAACGGCGCUACCGCUUCCUGGCCGAGAAGCACCUGCUACUGUCCAACACCUUCCUGCAGUUCUUUGGUCGGGCCCGGGGGACCCUGCAGAACCGUGUGCUGCUGUGGAAGGAGCAGUCAGAGGCCAGCCGUGGCCCGUCGCGCGCCCACUCCCCGGGCUUGCUGGGGCCCGUGCUGGGGCCGCCCUACCCCUCGGGCCGCCUGACACCCACCCGCCUGGACAUGCCCCAGCGGCCUCUGGGCGCCCCCCGCAGCCGGCACAGCUCCGGCUCCUACGGCCCUGGCCCUGAGCCUGCCACCGAGGCGAGGUCCGCGUCGCAGCUGGACCUAGAGCGCCGGUCCCUGCCCCGGACGCCGUCGGCCACCUCGCUCUACAGCAGCGGCGGCGGUGCCAGGAGGGUACGCGCUCUUGUCUCCCACUCGGAGGGCGCCAACCACACAUUGUUGCGCUUCUCGGCUGGGGACGUCGUGGAGGUGCUCGUGCCUGAGGCGCAGAACGGCUGGCUCUACGGCAAGCUGGAGGGUUCGGCAACGAGCGGCUGGUUCCCUGAGGCCUACGUGAAGCCCCUGGAGGAGGUGCCCAUGAACACCCUGAAGCCCUUGAGCCCCAUGGCCUCCAUGAACCCCAUGGUCCCCACCAAUGAGCUCUCCUCCAGGUCCUACCCACUCCGCGGCAGCCACAGCCUCGAUGACCUCCUGGACCGGCCAGCCAGCUCCACGGUGCCCUCCGAGUACUGGGAUGGCCAACCCCGCUCACGGACCCCGAGCAGAGUCCCGAGCCCCGUGCCCACACCCUUGCCUGGCAGCCGGAGGGGCAGCAUGGGCAGCACGGGAAUAGCCGGUGAUGUCAAGAAACUGAUGUCCUUGGAGCAGCAGCCCCCGGAGCUCUUCCCACGGGGCACGAACCCCUUUGCCACUGUCAAGCUACGUCCCACGGUGACCAACGACCGCUCAGCGCCCCUCAUCCGCUGAGGCUGACCCCAGGGCUCUCAGCUCGGGCACUGUACCCGCCUGGGACUGGAGCUGGCGGCGACAAUAGUAGCACUGGCAGAUCCCUGUGGCCAGGCCUGAUGAAGCAGGGUGGCUGCCCUCCCUGCCACCUCCCUGCGCCCAGCCUGGGGCCGGUCUAUGAGGCAUGGGGCAUACUCCUUCCUUCCCAGCCAGCCUGUGGAACUCUGCCUGGGAGGCCUGUCUUGCGUCCUCCAGCCACUUA